UAGUGAUCUCAGUAGAACAAUGACCUGUACUUGUUUCUUGCGAUUAAUAAUGCAAUUCAUUCGCAUACGUAUUGUUUGAAUUAUAAACAAUAUUCGCAAUAAAAGAUAAGUGUAUAUUAUCAUCCGUUGUUUGUGAAGUCAUUGCAGUAGUCCAAUUUAUACAAAUUAUAAAGAUAAACUAGUAAUUUACAAGACUUACCUGGAAAUCAACUUACGCAUUUACGUAUUUCAUGUUCUCAUGAAAUUGAUACAAAGAAGGGUAAUCCCCUUUAAUAAUUGAUCAUUUAAUUAUCAAGUGAUUGCGAUUUCUUGAAUCAAUUGGUUUGUCUUGAGUGUGAAAUGAGUGUUAUAAAGGAUAUAUUCAAGUUUUCAACGCGAUAAGGAGAUAUAACUCUAAAAUGAUGAAGAAACACUUGCCUCUACCUAGACAGUCUUUCCAGCUAUAUCCUUAAACACUUCUUCAUAUAAACCUGCUUAGUGUUUAGUUUUAGAAAUAACUUUUCCCAAAAAGAAAAACUAAUCUCGCUGCCCAUAAAUUUGAAGCGUCCAGUGGCCAGAGAUUGAACUGCUUGGUAAUUGGGUUCACGUGCAAUUCCCAAUGGAGCGAUUCUCUUAGAUUCAAGGAGCGUGCAUGUGUGUGUGUGUGCGAGUCCUUUGUGGUCAGGACAUCAAUUGAAUCCUUUCGACCUCUCUCCUUUCGAGAAGCCAAAUGGCCACUGAUUAAGAUGCUGACUGGCCGAUAGACGCGUUACUUAUGUGUUUCAUUGAUUGUUUUUCCCACACUCCUCGCCCACUUAAUUCUCCCCUUUUGGUUAAUGUCCCGAUAACGAAGAAAAGUGGCCAAAGGUGCGCCAGGAUCUCCCCUCCAAUCUUCCAGUGAAACAACCUUUUAAUUACCGUUCCGCCAAGACAAACUUUCCAACUCCAUAAACGUAAAUCUCAGGGGGCGACAGCAGCAAAGUAUGCAUCACUUUUCCAGUUAUUAACUGCUGAUGAUGACAACGGGGCGUGCGAUGCGGAAAAGGGGGCGUGGCAGGACUUAACGGGCGGUCGCGUCAAGUGAUGAACUUAAUAAUAAACGAUGUAAAUAUGAUAAUUUCUCGCAGGAUGUGGCAUCUAAUAAUAAAAUCAAAAUAAUCCCACGCCAGCGCCAAAAGUCGCCGAGUCAAGUUUAAGGACUCAACAAGGCGGGCGGAUGACUAUGUGACUGGGUGGGUGGAUGGAUGGUUGGGUGUGUGGUUGGUUGGUUGGUUUGUUGGCUUGUCAGUGACAACAGCUCUGCGGGUGGUCAGCUUCAGAAUCCUCACUCCUGCCGACUGCCUCCUGCCGACUAGCGGGGGGAACACAGGAAAAUAUUCAUUCGUCGCAUCCUUCCUGUGGCAACAGCCACAUCGGUUUGCUGGAAAGCUAAGGAAAGCCUUCUGAUUUGGGUCUGGCAUAUGUUGGCCGUGGGCCUGGUGUAUAGGUUACCCUGAUCCCCGAGAGCGGGGCGACGUCGAUUUAAUUGAUUUGUUUUUUAUGCCAAAGAGGAUUACGCGUCGUCGCCGUCACGCAGAUUACAAUUGUUGUUUUUUUUUGCUUCACUGUCUGAGUCCACGCCCCCUUUGAAUGCGAGGUAUUUUAAGGUGAAAAGGAUAUGAUGUAGUCAAGGGCAUAUAACCUUAUAGUUUGUAUAGUUUUCCCUUGAAAAAUAGAGUAAAAACAACGAAGGAUAAUCCUAUUUCUAAAUAUAAGACAUCCGAUUUUCCUGAUUUUGGAAUUCCCUAAAAUUUUCCCCACGCAUUUUCUUGUUUUCUAAUUUUAAAAUAAACAAAAAAUCAUCUGACAUUUUAUAAAUAAACGAAUGAUUUCUUAUACUGGGUAUUUUUCAGUCGAAAAUCUCAGAAAUCGUUAAGUCAGUUGUUUUUUUUGCGCUUGGGGGUGGUGGAGUUGGUGGUGGUUGAGUGGCUGCACGUGCCCUUUGACUUUUGUGACUUCUCCGGCAAAUGCCGAAGCAGCGUUUACCACCAGCUGCGCAGGUGAGCCGUAGUCGCAGCCGUAGCCCAAGAUGCCAGCCAUCCGUCCGGUGAUAAGGAGCGGAUUCCGGCCAGCGUUUCCACAUGAAAGUUCAGUUGCCAAAUGGCCAUCGCCCGAAGCAGUUCACACGCUCUCGUGAAAAUACAAAUGGAAAAACUAAUAAAAUAAAUAUAAAAAUAUAAAACUAUGUGAAAAGUGAAAAUGAUAAGCUUAAAAUACAGCCAGAAGUAUUUUUUUAAAUAGAUAAAAUACAUAAAUUUGAAACAAAAGCUAAUCCAGAGGUAUCAGGAAUUAUCCCAAGAAUGUAGAACCAAAUGCUUCAAAAACAGUUGCCAAAAAAUAAAUUCCAAAUGAAAAUAUCUCAAUAAAAAUUUAUAAAAAGACCUGAGAAUUAUUAAAAGACUAUUCAUCAUGAGUGUCAGCGUGGAUGUGGGCGUUAUGUGGCGCCUUUCGGAGGAUUUCAACCGGCGUUUCGGCCUCCGGAUGCAGCCGGCGCCUACUGUCCCCCAGCAUCCACAUUCCCACCACGCCGCUGCGGCGGCGGCUGCCGUGCACCACCAUCACUACCACCACCACCAUCAGCACCACCAGCACGCUCACACCUCGAUGAUCUUCAAUGAUCCGUAUCAGCUGCUGAACGCUGCCUCGCACCGAUUGGUCGCCCAGGGCUCUGGGGGCCAGAUACAGCUAUGGCAGUUUCUGCUGGAGCUGCUCGCCGAUUCGUCCAACGCCACCUGCAUCAGUUGGGAGGGCCAAUCGGGCGAGUUCCGGCUGACAGACCCGGACGAGGUGGCCAGGCGGUGGGGCGAGAGGAAGGCCAAGCCAAACAUGAACUACGAUAAGCUUAGUCGGGCACUCAGGUACUACUACGAUAAAAAUAUAAUGACCAAGGUGCACGGCAAGCGGUAUGCCUACAAGUUCGACUUCCACGGCCUAAUGGCUGCCUGCCAGGCCCAGGCGCAGGGCGGAGAUCCGGCCAGCAGUAUGCUAGGUUCCUACAAUCAUCAUGGCGGUGGAGGGAUGCAGCUGGCCCGCCACCCACCGCCUCCGCUGCACCACCACCACCAUCAUCAGCAUCAGCAGCCCCACCAGCAUUCCCAUCCGCAUCAUCAACUGGGACAGCCCCAUUUCCUGCAUCCGCACCACACCUCCCCGCCAUCGACGAGCUCCAGUUUGGGAUUCUCCUCACCCUCCACGGUGUCCUCGUUGCCAUCGCCUGGGCAGGUCACUGUCUCCUCCUCAAACGCCGUCGCCGCCGCUGCCGUGUCCGGAGCAUCCGGCUCUGGUGGUGCGACAUUUUCGACACCAUUCCAAGCUGGGACAACUGGGGAGGCGACCAGGACAUCCUCAACGAGCAACUACGACCAGGGCACUCCCACCACAAAUGCAUUUAAUUGAGCCCAGGGCAACCCCAAUUUGUCCUUGGGGUUGUAAACUCCCGAAUUUCGAUGAAAUAGAGGAGGAGGAGGUGGUGGUUACUGGGAGUGGGGGGACGAAGGAUGCGCAUGGACCACCCACUGCGCAGGGAGAGAGUGGUUGCGCAGAGUCCACCCAUCCGACAAGGGUCAGACCUUUUGGCCGUAAAAAGGACAUUUUCGCAUAAUUCCAGCUACUUUGGGUUAAUUGAGGAAUUGUGAUAACCUGGAGCAUCGCAGAGCAAUAUACUCGAGAACGAGAACGAGAAAUAAUUUGUUACUUCGCCUGUUAUCCUUCGCUUUUAGUUGUAAGCCCAUGCAUUCGGUAGAGAAUCCUUUAUUUCCACAAAAAAGGUUCAUCUUCAUUAUAUAAUUCUAAGUUUGCACAAAGAAUAAAAUACAGGUAAUCAUUAAAAAACUGAA